GUUGACCAGGGAGAUCUGAAAAGAUGCAAAAUUGCACACAGCUGCUGUGGGUACAUUUUUCAGCAGAAUUCUGGAUCCUGUUUUGAAUCUCAGAGCCCUGUUUGAAGCUGAUCCACCAUGCCAUUAGUAACAAGAAAUAUCGAGCCAAGGCACCUGUGCCGCCAGACAUUGCCCAGUGUUCGGAAUGAGCUGGAAUGUGCAACCAACAUCACCCUGUCAAAUGUCAUUCGACAGCUGGGCAGCUUGAGUAAAUUUGCAGAGGACAUAUUCAGAGAGCUGUGUACACAAGCAACCACAUUUGGCGUUCGAGUCACCUCUUUAGUUGAGAGAGUCGAUCGCCUUCAGGUGAAAGUUACUCAGUUGGAUCCCAAGGAGGAAGAAGUGUCCUUACAAGGUAUUAACACCAGGAAAGCCUUCAAGAGUUCCACAACUCAGGACCAAAAGCUCUUUGAGAGAGAAUCUGCCCCCCUGCCUGUCCUUGAAACAUAUAGUACUUGUAAUAAACCUCCACCUCUUAACAUUCUCUCGUCAUACAGGGAUGAUGGCAAAGAGGCACUUAAAUUUUACACAAAUCCAUCGUAUUUCUUUGAUCUUUGGAAGGAGAAAAUGUUGCAGGAUACCAAGGAUAUUAUGAAAGAGAGACGGAAACAUAGGAAAGAAAAGAAGGAUAAUCCUAACAGAGGAAAUGUCAAUCCUCGAAAGAUAAAAAGCCGAAAAGAAGAAUGGGAAAAAAUGAAAAUGGGUCAAGAGUUUGUCGAUACAAGGGAAAAUCAUGGACUGGAAGGGUACCCUCCUAACAUGGUGUAUCAGAAUGGUAGCAUUGGCUCCAAUGAAAGUGUUGAUGCCACAUACUAUCCACCUCCUCCACAACCAGAAUCCGUUUCACCAUCACCUCCUCCAUUGUCAGACGAUAGUCUUCCGCCACCACCAGCAGAAUUUAGCUAUCCACCUAGCCAGAGUGUUUCUGGAGGGCUGAAGAAAUCCAUCCUCGUCAGCCCCAGCCAUCCUCCACCAGCCCCUCCUACUAGCUCACCCCCAGGAACCAGACCUGGCUUUGCUCCACCUCCUGCCCCACCACCUCCACCACCGAUGGAGGGAGUUCCUCCACCCCCUCCACUUGCUGACUUUCAAGCUGCUGGCAUUCCUCCUCCACCAUCUCCCCCCUCCUUCCCACCUCACCCUGAUUUUUCUGCCCCUCCACCCCCUCCACCUCCAGCAGCAGAAUAUGCUGUUGUGCCAUCUCCCCUCCUACCACAGCCCACAAGUGGGGUGCCUCCCCCUCCUCCUCCUCCUCCUGGCCCACCUCCUUCAUCUUUCGGUGGCAUGGGUAUUCCAGAGGCUUCUAUUCAGCAACCUGAUUUGGUGCCUUCCAAGCCAAAAUCCUCAUUGCCUGCUGUUAGUGAAGCUAGGAGCGACUUGCUUUCUGCUAUUCGUCAAGGAUUCCAGCUCCGUAAAGUUGAAGAAGAACGUGAACAAGAGAAGCGAGACGUUGUGGGCAAUGAUGUGGCAACCAUCCUUUCGCGCCGCAUUGCGGUAGAAUACAGCGAUUCAGAAGACGAUUCCUCAGAGUUUGAUGAAGACUGGUCUGAAUAAGCCCCUGCACAUCCCCAAAAUGGAGAUGGAGGCGGAUAAGAUGGAGAGAAAAUGUCCAUCAUUUCCCAGAAUGCCAAACUUUUUUUUUUUUUGCUUUCCUCUUUUCAUCCAAUAACCAAAGAUAGAUCUUCCAGGCUUCCAAAUAACUGCUCCCCCCACCCCCCAGUCGAUGGGACUUAAACAUCCUUCCAAGAAAGAAGGAAAAUGAACCCUAGAUUUCCAGAUUCUCAGGUUACUAUGAAAAUAUAUGUAUAUUGUUAAAGAUUUUCUUUGAUUUAGGACUAAAUUUGCAGCUCCUGGUGCAACCAGGAAAUGUUGCUUAAGAUGACAGGCAACCAACUUGCAAGUAAUAUUAAUUUCCUUUGCAACAAUUAUGUAAGGCAUUGGAAACACGGUAGUAAGCUGGUGAUUCAUCUUCUUUGUCUCUCAAAUAGGGUGUAAUUUAAAAUUUCUACUCCCACCAGUCCUAACAAUAGUUUCUUUAUGCUAAAUUUGGAAUGUAUUAAUUUAGGUUGGAGUUUAAAAAACACUCUACUGUGUACACAACAGGAUCUUCUAAACAAUUUUAUCUCCUCCACCCCCCCCAAAAAAAAACCUUUUUAAAUCAUAGAAUGAGCCAGGGAACAGGGAUCCUGUCUGCUUGACCCAUAGUACCACUUAAGUUUUUAUAAUGAAGAUGGAAUUUAGUAUAUGCAAAAUUAGGAAGGAUUUCCCUCCGUGUGCCUUGCAGACCAGAGCUUUAAGCACUGGAUGUGAUCUUGCUUUGCAAUCAAAAGAUUUGCAGAUUCUCAGUUCAGUAGAAGGUCCUACAUGAAUCAACUUAGCUGUAAGUGCUUGCUCUUUCUUUGAAAUCACAUUAUGCUAAAAGCUGAAAUGUGAUGAAAUUAAGCCAAUGACCGUUCUCUAGACACCACAUGGGAGUUUUCAUGGACCAACUUGGCCAUAUGUUAUAUAUGCCCAGUCUUCCUUAUUAUUUUGCUUUAAUCCUACAAAAAUUACCACAGUGUCAUUUCAGCAUUGUUGGAACCUGUAGAGCCUCAACUUCAGUUACAAAAGUGGGUUAAUUGACAAAUUGAGGUUCUGCCCUACCAGCAUUAGAUACACAUACUUCUUUCUAGCAAACUUUUUUUUUUUCAAAUAGCAUUUUGGGGGAUUUUCUUAGUAUACAGAAUGUCAAAGGGCAGGCCCCUAACUUUAUCCAGGCAUCCCACUUACUGGAAUGAUCACUCUAAUCAGAGUGAUGGUUUGAAUAGGGAACUUGCCUACCUAUUUAUUGGUUUGAAAACCUUUGCCUUGCCAUAUGCCCUGUUGUUCUUUUCUCACUGGGAUGUGCCUUGUAAGAGCUUCUAUACCCCAAAGAGUGUCAUUUUCUUGCUUUUACCCUUACAGACUCCAUGUCCCUGUUUUUAGUUUCGAACUUCUGGUCCCCUAGCUAUAAAGCAGAGCUUUUUUUUAGCCAAAGGAAGGACCAAACUUUCAGAAGUAGGCAGAAAGUCUAGAGUAUCCUGAAGAAAUUUCUUCAGUUUGGUGGUUUCCUUUGUGCCACUGAACAGCUUUGAGCAUCUGAUCUGAGGGCAUGAAGAAUAGGCCGAUGGGUAGUUUGCUCAUGAAUUAUAAAACCUUUCAAAACACUCUAUAAAUUUCAAGAAUGACCCUAAGGCUCAUUAGUAACCCAGAAUUAAUAUUCAAGCACUAAGAGUAGCAGCCAGCUUAGAAUGAAAUGACAACUUUGCCUGCUUUUUAAUGUGCCUGGCGUUUCAUACACGGCAAAACCUUUAAAUUUGCAUGACUGUGCCUCCUAAAUCUCUCCUAACAGAAGCCACAGGAAUAUAAAAAGGCUUUCAGGUGUGCAUUCAGAAUGAGAACGGUUACCCAGACACGGUGCCAAGAAAACUAUAUGGCUGUGCCAAUGAAAUUAGAGAGCCUCUGUAUUUAGUACAACUGUUUUUCCUAGCUAUCCCCAUAAAUGUUUGGGAUUUUUUGCAGAUUGACUGUAUCAAUUUAUAAUCAAUGUGUUGCAUAAGGAUAAUGGGCAUUUUUAGCAUAACAUUUAAACAGGUUUGACCUAAGGUUGACUUCUAAAAGUUUGAAAGUGGUGCUAAUUCUUUCUAUGUUCCAUGAGAGGUGGGGGUCCUGUACAGAGAGCGCAAUUUUUCUUGUCCGCUUUCCACAACCUGAAGCCCCUCAUCACUUGUAGCUUUUAAAUUGCUUGUCUGUGUUGACUAACAACUGAAAACACAGGUAUGUUGUACUCAGACAUAUCCACACAUUCUGAAGCUAGGGUUGAGUUCAGAUGCCAGUUAGUAAAAAGCUUGACUCCUCUCUAUUUAAAUCCCUCUUAUUGCUUUUUGGCACUUUUUAAGAAGUGAGACUACCUGCUGGAAAAGAAUAAAUUGUUACAUUGUACAUGUUCAAUAGAACUGCCCUGAAAAAAACACGCUUGAGAAACAGAAAACCAGUCUAGUACCUCAUCUAGCCAGUUGGGCCAUAGUUAUCAUCCAGGCCAGGGGUCUCCAAUCUUGGCUACUUUAAGGCUUGUGGACUUCAACUCCCAGAAUUCCCCAGCUGAGCUGAAUUCUGGGAGUUAAAGUCCGCAAGUCUUAAAGUGGCCACGGUUGGAGACCGCUGAGCCAGGGCAUGAAAUCCUUAGGUACUGGAUGGCGACUGCCUCUCCUACUGCUCCAGUUUUAAACAGAUCUUCUCCCUGGAUUAAAAUGAAUGAAAUUGUCUCUUUGAGAUGCCCAUGCUUGGUGUGAAGCAUCAAAGUAAAUUUGGUUCAUUUCCAAAAGAUGGCUUUAGUCAUCUGAUUUAUUCUGAUUUUAGCGUAGUUAAUUGAACUUAAUUGAAGAUGCUGUGUAUAGAUCUCAUUCUCUGAGUUAGUUAGAAUACUUGAGGUUUUCUUGCAGCAUCUAAACAGCAGAAAUAGCUGAUUUUGGUUCAGUGGAAGAAUAAGGUGGAGAAGAAAUUCCACCAGAACAAGAGCGCUACUGCUUGAUUUCUACAGAAAGCCCACCCAUUAUUUAGUUUUCCUUUUUUCUUUUCCUUUUGCAUCACAUCUGAGUAAACUAGUUUUUCAAAUUGCUUUCUUUAAAAAAAAAUGCAUAUAUUUUAAGUUGUAGAUUGUGCCACUGGGUCCAAAACCACCUACAAUGCUGGGUCCAAAAUGUUUUCUACAGUCUUUGAAGAUUGACUUCUUUCCUUCUCCACCCUAGUUGACCACAUUAUGAGGAAGGACCCUUCAAAAUCUCAAGAAGUCGCAAAGCUCUGUCAAGCAGGCAGUCGGGCAGAGAGAGAGAGACUUAAAAUAGGCCUCUUGGAUCACACAGCUGGGCAGAAGGGUGCUGUGUCCUUUUACCAGGCUGCUCAUACUACAUAGAGACACUGGGGCCUUCUCUGCUUGAUUUCCUUUAUAUGUAAUUUUUUUCCCCGGAGUUUUGAAGUGGGGAGGGAGAGAGUGACUUUUUCUUUCCUUAUUGCACCUUUUAACAUGAUUCAUUUUAAUUGAGUUCAAAAACUAACAAUGUUUAUGAUGUAGAAUAAGUUGACUUCUAUGUGCCUUAUUUCAUAAAAUAUAUUUAUGUAAGAGUAAUUAUUUCAAAUGUAUCCUAGAUCAUACCUGAACGAAAAAUGUGGAAUGUUGAAGGAAGUGUUCUUUUAAGUAAGUUCUCUAAAUGGUCAGUUUGUAAAAAAAAAAAAAGAGAGAGAGAGAGA